AUGAGCUCUCAUCCCAGCCUCAAAAGGCAACCACCACCACAGAGCCAUGGAAUCGUCACUUUUCCAGCUCCACAUGUGAUGUUGGUGGUAUUUAACCGACCCCAGGCGCUCAAUGCUAUGACCAGUGCAGCCCAAUAUGAUCUCGAAACACUAUUCUCCUGGUACGAUAGUGAGCCGUCACUUCGCUGUGCUAUUGUCACAGGUGCCGGACGAGCAUUUUGUGCUGGAAUGGACUUGAAAGAGUGGAAUCAAACAAAUGCUCGUCGCGCUAACGGUGACCACACUGGUCAGCCCCCGAUGCCACGUUCCGGAUUUGGAGCCUUAUCCCGGCGCCACGGAAAGAAACCAGUUAUUGCUGCGGUGAAUGGGUUAGCUUAUGGUGGAGGCAUGGAAAUGAUUGCCAAUUUGGACCUUGUGGUCGCAGCCAAAGCGGCACGCUUCGCACUUCCUGAAGCGAAAAGAGGUGUUGUCGCCAUGGCUGGCUCUCUACCAAGGCUGGCUCGAACCAUUGGUCGCCCAAGAGCGAUGGAACUAGCGCUGACGGGCAAGACUAUUACUGCUAUUGAAGCGAAAGAAUGGGGAUUGAUAAAUGCUGUGACGGAGGAUGGGCCACCCGAUUCCGAGGUGCUGGACCGGCCAGUUGUGAAGGCGGCAUUGGAAUAUGCGGCUAGCAUUGUCAACAAUAGUCCGGAUAGUGUGAUUAUUAGCCGCGCGGGAAUUGUCGCUGGCUGGGAAGAUGGGAGCGCAGAGAACGCUAGUCGCUUGUUGAGUGAAAAUUGGGAACCGUCGUUGAAUGAGGGCAAGAAUCUCCAUGAAGGAGUUAGAGCCUUUGCUGAGAAAAGAGCACCGCAGUGGGUAGACAGUAAAUUAUAA